CAGCGUGGGGACAUGUGACCGACUGCAGAGGCAGCGCCGCCUCCCGCCGAGGUGCGCGCGCUCCGCCGCAGGGCACACGGCCCCCUCGACACCCGCUUCCGCCUGGCUUUGGGGUGCAACAGCAGGGGCGGAGCCGAGGCACCCGGAGCCCGGAGAAUCGAAAGCGAAAGCGGGCGGGGGUCGGGGAGGGGCGUGCCCUCGCGGAGCCCUGAGCCGCCGCCGCCGCCGCCGCCACCAUGUCUCAGGAAGGCGUGGAGCUGGAGAAGAGCGUCCGGCGCCUGCGCGAGAAGUUUCAUGGGAAGGUGUCCCCCAAGAAGGCGGGGGUUCUGAUGAGGAAAUUCGGCAGCGAUCACACCGGAGUGGGGCGCUCCAUCGUGUACGGGGUCAAGCAGAAAGAUGGACAGGGGCUCAGCAACGGCCUGGAUACCCAGGACCCUCCGGAGGAGAUGAAGCAGGACCAGGACAUCCAGGCCGUGGCGACCUCGCUCCUGCCGCUGACGGAAGCCAACCUGCGCAUGUUCCAGCGCGCCCAGGACAACCUCAUCCCCGCCGUGGACCGGCAGUUCGCCUGUUCCAGUUGUGACCACGUGUGGUGGCGCCGCGUGGCCGAGCGGAAGCAGGUGUCCCGAUGUCGCAAAUGCCGGAAGCGCUACGAGCCAGUGCCACACGACAAGAUGUGGGGGCUGGCCGAGUUCCACUGCCCGAAGUGUCGGCACAAGUUCCGCGGCUGGGCACAGAUGGAGUCCCAGUCUCCCUGCUACGGGUGUGGCUACCCCGUGUCUCCGACACGGAUCCUACCCCCGCGCUUGGACACAAACAUGGAUCGGCGCAGCACGCACACCCACUCCUGCUCGGCUGCUGACUGCUACAACCGGCGAGAGCCCCACGUGCCCGGGACUUCCUGCGCUCACCCCAAGAGUCGCAAGCAGAACCACCUGCCCAAGGUCCUGCACCCCAGCCUCCCUCACAUCAGCAGCGGCUCCACCGUGGCCACCUGCCUGAGCCAGGGCGGGCUGCUGGAGGACCUGGACGACCUCAUCCUGGAGGACCUGAAGGAGGAGGACGAGGACGAGGGCGAGGAGGCGGCCGGGCCCCGCGAGUGAGCACGCCAGGCUGCGGUACUGUG